GUAUAUGCUAGGUCAUUUAAUGAAUAACUCUUUAUUUAGAUCAUUAAAAGUGUCCGAUGGGUCGAGGAAAGAUCAGUAACUUCAACAUGUCUGGAGACAGUGAUCUGGUGAUUGAAGAGGCUUUCCGGCGAGCACAGAAAGCUCAUAAUAACAAGGCCAAACUUGUUGCCAGUUUGAAGAACAGAUAUAAUAAGUUGGAAGAUAAGACCGAAUUCCAUGAGGAGUUCAUCCGCUGCCUGAAGUAUGCCAUGAUCAUUUACACCCGAGAGCCAGCAGUGGAGAAUGUCAUUGAUUUUGUCACAAAGUUUGCUGCAAGUUUCGAAACUCCUGUUAAUGAGAAUGCUGAAGAGGAGGAGGAGGAAGACGAGAAUGAGUUUUUGAACUUCCUGUUCAACUUCCUGUUAGAGUCUCAUGGUGCAAACAGCCAUGCGGUGCGGUUUCGUGUUUGUCAGCUGGUGAAUAAGCUGCUGGGCAGUCUGAGUGAGAAUGCUCAGAUUGAUGAUGAUCUGUGUGAUAGGAUCCAUGAUGCCAUGCUGAUCAGAGUCACAGACAAAUACCCUAAUGUCAGGAUUCAGGCAGCACUGGCCAUGUCCAGACUCCAGGACCCCAGUAACUUUGACUGCCCCACUAUUAAAGCUUAUAUGCUGCUUUUGGAAAAUGACUCAAACCCUGAAGUUAGACGAGCUGUGCUGUCUUGCAUCGCUCCCUCGGCCACUACACUUCAUAAAAUCUACAAGCGCACCCGGGACGUCAAAGAGAAAGUCAGGAAACUUGCUUAUCAGGUACUGGCAGAGAAAGUGCAUAUUCGAGCACUGAGCAUUGCUCAGAGAGUCAGUCUAUUGCAUGAAGGUCUCAGUGAUUCUGCAGACUCAGUAAAGGAGGUCGUCAAGACCGAUUUGCUGCCUGCUUGGCUUCACAUGCAGCAGGGAGAUGUUUUGCAGUUGCUUCACAGACUGGAUGUAGAGAAUUGUGCAGAAACUGCAGUGACUACCUUACAAGCCAUCUUUUCCAUGGCUACAAGCCCCGAUGACCUCCUGCAGAACGGUGUCAGGCUGGAUGAGAGGAAACUAAUCCCUGUGGACUCCCUAACAUGUGAAAAUGUGUUGUACUGGAGAGCGUUGUGUGAGUUUGUCAAGAAUAAAGGAAAUGAGGGUGAGGAAUUACUGGAGCAGUUACUCCCUGAGGCGGCCAUCUUUGCGGAGUAUCUGUACAGUUAUCUAAAGAGCAUUACUCAGCUGUCUGAGGAGCAGAGAGCAGAUAUGACACAGCUUGAGAUGGUGAUGACCCAAGAGUACAUUGGUCAGCAGUUGAUUCUGCUAGUCGGGUGUCUGGACAUUUCUGAAGAAGGCGGCAGGAAGCGCAUGGUAGCAGUGCUGCAGGACAUUCUUCUGAUGCCCAACACGCCCACCUCUCUGAUUGGUCUGCUAGUGGAGAAACUGAUUGGAAUUGUACGAGACGACGCACAGAAAAUUCAGAUGGUUGCUGAAAUAAUAUCUGAUGUGAGAGAGCCCAUUUUGCCCAUCUCUGAACCUGUGGAUGAGAAUGAGAAACGCAGAAAACAAGUCAAACUGGCUGAGGUUCGAGUGCAGAUAAUGGAGGCGAAGCAGACUCUAGAAGAAUGCAUCAGCUGUCAGGACUUCAGUCGCGCAGCUGAGCUGAAAGACUCCAUCUCUCAGCUUGAGGCGCUCAAGAACCAGCUCUUCCUGGAGGCGUCACAGCCUGCUGACAAUAUCAAGGAGCAGCGUGUGGAAAAGAGUGAUCCAAAGACCUUGCUGAAAUGUCUGACAAUGUGUGCCGAGUUGUUCAAGCAAAUGAACAUCAAGAGAGGAAUCUGCCCUACCAUGAAUGCUCUGAUUGAGUCACUGAUACUGCCAGGUGUGUCCAACCCUAACCCUGCUGUGCGCAACAUGGCUGUGAUCUGUUUGGGAACUGCUGCCCUCCACAGUAAAGACCUCGCCAACACACACCUUGUGCUGCUCUUGCAGAUCACACAGCUAGAUGAGCCUAAAAUCAGGAUCAGUGCUCUCCGAGCUCUCAUCGACCAGCUCCUGCUCAAUGGCCUCAACAUCCUGCAAGACAAGCCUGCUCCUCCUGCUCCUGUCUCCCAAGACGACAGUAAUGGGCAGCCUGAACAUCAAGCUGAGGAGGAGGGUACCAUUCAGAGCAUCCUGAAGAUGCUCUCAGAAUUCCUUGAUAUCUGUCGUACAAUCCGUGCCGUGCAGCCUCCAGCUCGGGCAAAAACAAAUCAAGAGUGUGUGGAGGAGAGUUUUCUUCCAACCUUGAGAACUCUGUUCAACGCUCCUGUGACAUCUCCAUUGUCUGAGGUAGACGCAUCCAACGUGGCUGAACUGUUUGUUGAACUAACUCGACCCAGCGCUCUUGUGAAGCCUGCUGCCGUACAGGCCGUGUCUGUGCAUGACUCCCUGGCAGUGCGUGUCUGUAAUGAAAUCUUGCGAGACAUUUCUGCUCCCGAGGUGCGCGUCUACUGUAAAACUCUCAGCUGGCUGGAGAUUAACUCUGAACCUGGACCGGCUAACAGUGAAUUGCAACUCCUGUUAAAAGACAUUUUACAGGAAGUGAAAGAUAAGCACUGUAUAAGGAUUAUUGAGAAGCUUUGUAACCAACUAAAUGGAGAUAGUUGUUCCAAAUCAGCCGGUAACCAGGACACAACUUUGCAGAACUUGGAUGACAACAAUGGAGAGGUGAACAAAGAUGAGACUAAAGCUAAACGUGCAAAAAGAGGCCAGAAAAAAGCUUCCACUGCAAAGAAUGGCAAGAAAGCCAGUAAAGCGGAGUUGUCCUCUGAUGAAAGCGACGACGAGAAUGUUCCUGAAGAGCCUCCAUCAGUAAGACCAAGUCGCCGUGCCAAGAUGGCUGCUGUAGAUAAAACAAAGCAGGAUCUGACUGCCCUUAUGAACCAGGAGGCCAAUGGUUCUUAGAGUGGAUUACUCUUUAAGAAGGUCCGCUUUCGCCUAUUACAUCCUACAGUUCCCUCGGAUGUAUCCGAGAGAUUACAUUGAUACAUUUUAAUGCAGUCUAGUCUAAUUAUUUAGUCCAACUAUUUACAGUGUCAACCUGGGUUAAGGGCUUGAUUGUCAAAAUGAAUGUUUUUGUUAAAAUGCAUCAUCUGCAGUAAUUCUCCAAAGGUUGUCUUUGGGUAGGAGUCACUUCAACAUUCAUUUAUUUACUCGAAGCUGUUGUUUUAAAUGCGUGUGAGCUAGUGGGACAAACUGUUCCCUUAUUUUUGCCAUUUUCUAUUUUAAGAUUCUAGUAUGAACAGUUGGCUUGUCAAUAAUAGCUAAUAUUUUAAAGUGAAAAAAUUACUUUGAUUUGUAU